AUGGAUAACCUGCGUGAGACCUUCCUUGGCCUCGAAGAGGGCCUGGGCCCCUCCGACAGCCCGGGCCUGCUGUCAUCCUGGGACUGGAACGACAGGGCAGGGCCCUUCGAGUUGAAUGAGGCCUCCCCCACGCAGAGCCUGUCUCCGGCUCCAUCGCUGGAGUCCUACGCUUCUUCCCCGCGCCCAGCCGCGGCUGGCCUGCCCUGCGGGCACAGAGGUGCUGACGACGGGGGCAGCGGUGGCCGUGGGGCCGGUGGCCUGGUGGAGGUGGACUACGGCAUGCUGGCCUUCCAGCCCGCCUAUCUGCAGGGCGCAGGGGGCCCCAAGACCCAGAAGGGCGCCAAAGUCAGGAUGUCGGUCCAGCGGAGACGGAAGGCCAGCGAGAGGGAGAAGCUCCGCAUGAGGACCUUGGCCGAUGCGCUGCACACCCUCCGGAAUUACUUGCCACCGGUGUACAGCCAGCGGGGCCAGCCGCUCACCAAGAUCCAGACGCUGAAGUACACCAUCAAGUACAUCGGAGAGCUCACAGACCUCCUCAACAGCGGGAGAGAGCCCCGGGCCCAGAGCGCCUGA